AUGGCAUCCAGUGGAGGUGUUAAUAGAAAAGUUUGUGUUACCGGAGCAGGAGGGUUUGUAGCAUCAUGGCUUGUUAAGCUUCUUCUUUCCAAAGAUUAUCUUGUCCAUGGAACAGUUAGAGAUCCUGGUAAUCAGAAAUACGAACACUUGCUGAAACUUGAGAAGGCUUCUGAGAAUCUUACACUCUUCAAGGCAGAUAUUUUGGAUUAUGAAUCUGUUUACGCCGCAAUCCAUGGGUGCAGUGCAGUUUUUCACGUCGCUUGUCCUGUACCAUCAACAGUUGUAUCUAAUCCUGAGGUGGAAGUGAUUGAGCCUGCAGUGAAGGGGACAGCUAAUGUACUUGAAGCGUGUCUAAAAGCUAAUGUAGAGCGUGUCGUCUUUGUUUCAUCUAUUGCCGCCGUUGUUAUCAGCCCUAAUGUACCAAAAGAUAAAGUGAUGGAUGAGUCUUUUUGGUCUGACAAAGACUAUUGCAAAAAAACUAAGAACUGGUAUUGCUUUGCGAAGACAGAGGCGGAAGAGCAGGCGCUGAACUUUGCAAGCAGAACCGGGCUUCGCAUGGUGAGCAUUUGUCCUAGUUUAGUUUUGGGGCCAAUUUUGCAGUCAACCACUAAUGCAAGUAGCUUGUUUCUCAUCAAACUUUUAAAAGGCAGUGAUUCAUUGGAGAAUAAACAACGAUGGAUAGUUGACGUACGUGACGUAGUUAGUGCAUUAAUUUUGGCCUAUGAGAAUCAUGAAGAAGGGAGGUAUAUAUGUGCUUCACACGCUUUCAGAACACGAGAUUUGGCAGAGAAAUUGAAGAGUAUAUAUCCAAACUACAAGUAUCCUAUAAAUUAUAUUGAGGUGGAUGACGAUUACAAAAUGCUGAGCUCAGAGAAAUUGCAAAGUUUGGGUUGGAAAUGCAGGCCAAUAGAGGAAACACUGGUUGAUUCUGUUGAGAGCUAUAAGGAGGCAGGACUACUUCAAUCAGAACUAUUUUAG